CCUUAAAGCGGGCGGCACCGCAGCUCCGCACUCCCGCCAUGUCCACCCCAGCUAAGAGGCGCUGCAGCGGCCCCGCUGCCGGCCUGGACUCCAGCUUCCAGAAGCGCCUCAGGAAGAUCUCCAUCGAGGGCAAUAUCGCAGCUGGAAAGUCUACGCUUGUCAGACUGCUCGAGAAGCACAGCGAUGAGUGGGAAGUGAUCCCCGAGCCCAUUGCCAAGUGGUGCAACAUCCAGACCAGCGAGGAUGACUGCGAGGAACUUUCAACAUCUCAGAAGAGUGGAGGAAACCUACUUCAAAUGCUGUAUGAUAAACCUACAAGAUGGGCUUACACUUUUCAGACUUAUGCCUGCUUGAGCCGAGUAAGGGCACAACUGAAACCUAUCUCAGCCAAGUUGCAUGAAGCAGAACAUCCAGUGCAAUUUUUUGAGAGAUCUGUGUACAGUGACAGGUAUGUGUUUGCUUCUAACCUGUUUGAAUCUGGAAACAUCAAUGAAACAGAGUGGGCUAUCUAUCAGGACUGGCAUGCAUGGCUUUUACAUCAGUUUCAAUCUGAAAUAGAACUGGAUGGCAUUAUCUACCUAAGAACCACACCUCAGAAAUGCAUGGAAAGACUACAGAAGAGGGGAAGAAAAGAGGAGGAAGGAAUUGACCUUGAGUAUUUGGAAAACCUCCACUAUAAACACGAGACCUGGCUUUAUGAAAGAUCUAUGAGAGUUGAUUUUGAGAACCUUAAAGAGAUCCCCAUUCUAGUUUUGGAUGUUAAUGAAGAUUUUAAAAAUGAUAAGAUUAAACAGGAGUACCUGAUUGAUGAGAUCAAAUCUUUCCUGACUUCUUAAAGACGAGAAUUGAAAUUAACAUGAAGUGGUUGGAACUCAAGAGUUAAACCAAACAAUCAUGUGGUCUUAGACAUUUUAGCUAAACUAGAUGUAUUAUCAGCGUAACUUAAAA